GUACCAAGUAUCUAUCAUUCAUGCUACCCAGACGCUGUGGGGCAUCUUGUGUGUUUGCGUGCAAGUAGGUAUCAAUGGAACCAGUCGAUACUGGUAGGGGACUACUGCUGCGAGAACAUCGGCGACGUCCAAGGAGGAAAUGCCAAUGGGAGGGCCCCCCCCUUUCCUCGUCCACCUCUUCUUCUUCUUCUUCUUCUUCUUCUUCUUCUUCUUCAUCUUCUUCUGCUUCCUCCCCUGCAGCAGAACACGCAAACCACGAUGCCAGUCAACACGAGCGGUUCCCUCGCUCUGAACUGAAGGCCAACGACGCACCAUGCGCCGUGCCAACUGGGACCUGGUUCCUUCCCGCAUUGCCGUGCUCGCGAGUGCUCGGGACGUUGAAACCCCCGACGGGGCCUGGCAUGGCGCCCUCUCUGCUGCCAAUGCGGCCUCACCGUGUCCGAAACUCGGAGCUGCUUGCCUUGGACCCCACGGUUGCCCGCUGCUUAGUUGGCUCCAAGGCUUUGCUGUGGCGCAUUGCAAUGUUGCUGGGGUUCACCAGUGCUUUAGGAAAUAGGAGCAAAAAGCAAUAUAAUAUCCGACCCAAAUCUCGAACCUUAAUUCAUCUUUUGUUUCCCGUGUUUCAGCGCCCACGUCUCGGACCCGUCUGUUUCGAGGCAGGUACAGCCAACCCAAGCACGGCUUGCUCAAUCGCUCCAUGCCGUCCAAUCGUUUGCAUGCCAGAGUGUUGGCUGUUGUUCUUGCAACCGCACGCCCUGCACCGUCCCAUGAUCCAUCCGUCUCGACUGUUAUUAUACCAACAAGUUGGAAUGGCUAACCGCUAG